UCGGUUGUUAACAUUGUGUUUUAGCUGAAGGAUCUGCUCGUUGAUGGUAAGGUACCAGAGGGCCAGGGCGGUGCAGCGCCAGUCCCGGUGAGGACCAGUGGUGGGUGUGCAGCGCUGCUCAGACCGGACUGGACGCUUCCAGUAGCUCAGCGCCGUGUUGUUAAUGUUUCCGAGGCCUGAGUUAUGCUCUCACGAAAGAAAAGCAAAAGCGAAACGUCGAAACCAGCCGAAGUACACGGGAAAUAUGUGAAGAAGGAAACGUCGCCGCUCUUGAGAAAUCUUAUGCCAUCAUUUAUCCGCCAUGGACCCACUAUUCCCAGACGUACAGAGGUCCCUCUGCCAGAGAUGGGGCCCUCUGCCUACCCUGUGGCACCCAGCCGGGAGCCUGCAGUGUCCCGCAACAAGAGUUUCCUCCGUACACCUGUGCAGAGACCUCCUCAUGAGGUGGCCCGCAGAGAGAGCAACCGCAUGUCAGCACCUCCAUACCUGCCUCGCAGUCUGGGAGAGCUGCCCCAUGAGUACCGAGGCUCCUCACAGUCCUUCCUCACAGAUGUGAGCCCCUUGUCUGAGAAUGGAGACGCUGCCCGGUAUUAUUACCCCUCUGAUCCUUACUAUGACAACCAGCAGCACCAACAACAACAGCAGCGCCAGCCAAGGAGGGUCCCAGACCGCUUUCCUGAGGACUAUAGAUACUAUGAACAUAAUGAACACAACUUCCAAAGACUUCCUCGACAACACACUCCCCCAGCUCCAAGCAGACCACCUUCAGGCAUAGGUCGAAUACAGGCUAAGUCCCUGGGGAACCUGUCCAGCCUAACAGGAGAGGACCUCCCACUUCCAGCUGGCUGGACUGUUGACUGGACCAUCCGUGGCAGGAAGUACUACAUCGACCACAACACUAACACUACACACUGGAGCCACCCUCUGGAGAGGGAGGGGCUCCCUCCUGGCUGGGAGAGGGUGGAAUCAGCCGAGUUUGGGGUCUACUAUGUGGAUCACAUCAACAAGAGGGCACAGUAUCGUCACCCGUGUGCUCCAAGUGUGCCUCGUUAUGAUCAGCCCCCACCACUGCCGCCUCCUGUGACCUAUCAGCCACGUCCUGCGGAGAGGAACCAGCCGAUGCUGGUGCCAGCUAACCCGUACCACACAGCCGAGAUCCCAGACUGGCUGCAGGUGUACGCCCGCGCACCACUAAAGUAUGACCACAUCUUGAAGUGGGAGUUGUUCCAGCUGGCAGACUUGGACACGUAUCAGGGCAUGCUGAAGCUGCUCUUCAUGAAGGAGCUGGAACACAUUGUCAAAUCCUACGAGGCGUACCGGCAGGCGCUGCUGUCCGAGGUGGAGGCUCGCAAACAGCGGCAGCAGUGGUACACCCAGCAGUCCACCAAGAAUUUUAUGGGGAACAUGUGAUGUGCAUGUGCAGCAGCCAUGCCUCCCUGAGGUCUGCACAGUUUGGGAGUGGUCACAGUUUCCUUUGAAAUCAUGAUGGACUCUUAAUUGCCUCUUUCCCAGCCACAUCUGUGCCUUCGCUUGAUCCAAAUAUAUCAGCCAGGAAGACGACAUUGACGCGGGGUCCUUUUUCCCCAUGUGACACUCCAGUUUAUGAAAGACCAUGUGACUGAACGACACUCCAAUGAAGAAAAUAACCUAUAGCGUGCCACAUCUUGGGAAACUGCCCCUGGUGCCAUUUACAGCCACUGCCCUAAGAACUGUUGCUGUAAGUUCUCUUUUUUUUUAGACUGAGGAGGACCGAGUUAGAGAUUGUGCCUUUCAGUAAACACAACAGCGUUUUUUACAGUGUCUGCUCAUAUUGUGUAUACAACAGCUCCUCUGUCAUUUUUUCCUGUGGGAGAAAAUGACAGGCAGCUGCUUCUAAUUUGUUCCUGUAUGAAAUACUUCAUGACCGUUUUUUCCUUUGCUUUGGUACCCUCAUAAACUGAAACCACACACUUUUAUAUUAAAAAAGGUGUGGGAUUGUUCUCUUUUUAUGACCUACUGUAUACCAAAACUUUACCAGAUAUUUAAGUUUUGAUAUGAACUGUCUUUAUUUAAAGACCUUUGAUGGAUGAAGCAUC